AGAGGAGCAGACAGGGCUUCUAAAGAGAUCACUGCCUGUGGUUUCGUCAGUGUGAAUAAGGAUAUCACAGAAAGCAUCAAGAAGAUCGUUGAUAAAUCGUCGAUCAAGUUCGUCUGUGGCAUAAAGCUUGACAACAAAAAUGGCAAAACAGAGGAUAGAAUACUGGUCCUCACAACAUGGCGUCUUUAUUUCCUGGCAGCAAAGAUUCCCGCUAAGACAGAAUCCACAUUCAACUUCUUGGAGAUCCGGGCUUUGAAUUCCCAGCCUGAACACCAGGUUGUCAUCGACACUGACAAGUCUAGCUACUCCCUGAGGUUCGAGUCACGCAAGCAUGUCAAUCAUGUGGUCAGCCAUAUUAAUUUUGCCCUCUCUCGGAUAUUCAACAACUCCAUUUUUGCCCCUUCCAUAUGUCACUCUGACAGUGACCUUUCAGAAGGUAGCAGGAAGUAUUCGCCCAGCUCAGAGACUUCAGUGGAAACCCAGAGAGCCUGUGGAGGUUUCUCUGAGACCUAUGCUGCUCUGUGCGACUAUAAUGGCAUCAGCUGCAAGGAGGAAGUGCAGUGGGAUGUGGAUACUAUCUAUCACUCCCAGGACAACAGAGAGUUUAACCUCCUGGACUUUAGCCACCUGGAGAGCAGGGAUUUGGCUGUGAUUGUUGCAUCAAUGGCGUACAACACCUGGUUUACUAAACUGUACUGCAAAGACCUGCGCAUUGGGUCGGAGGUCACAGAGCAGGUCCUGCAUACGGUCAGCAAAUCCUCAAGCCUGGAGGAGCUCACUCUCGAGAACGCCGGACUGAAAUCAGACUUCCCGCAGAAGAUGUCAGCUGCUCUGUCUGAGAACCCAGGCUCUGUCAUCCACUCACUCAACUUGGCGCACAACUCACUGGACAACCAAGGUGUGUCCAACCUAAUACAGCAGAUGUGUCGCCUCAGUAAGGGACUCCGUCUGCUCAACCUCUCGAAGACGUCGCUCACCUCCAAAGGUCUGGUGUCUCUCUCUCAGGCUUUGCGCUCCAGUGAUGAAUACUCCAACUCUCUCCUGCACCUGGACUUGAGCAAGAACCCUGGUGUUCUCUCAGGGGAGGAUGCCUCGAACUUAUUUCUCUUCUUGUCUCAGCCAAACUGCUUGGUCCACUUGGAUCUGUCAGGCACAGAUUGCUCUGUAGACUCACUUUUUGGGGCUCUUCUGAGGGGGUGUUGUGCUGAUCUCUCCUUUCUGAAUCUUUCCAAAAAUUCCUUCUCCCACAGGAAAGUGAAGGACACGCUGCCGCUGUUCCGUCAGUUCUUCAGCUCGGCCUUCAGCCUCACUCAUGUCAACAUGGCCUCUAUGAAGCUGCCCCCUGAUGUUCUGAGGGCUCUCCUCGCAGGGUUAACCUCCAAUCCUCAUAUCAAUGACCUUCAUCUGGACAUCAGUGGCUGUGAGCUGAGAGCUGCAGGGGCUGCUGUAAUCCAGGAACUCUUCCCAAGAGUCUCCUCUAUUGGCACUCUGGAUAUCUCAGACAACGGUUUUGAUGCAGACUUGAUCAUAGUGCUGCCUGCUCUCUCCAGACAUCUCUCCCUCAAACACCUUCAUCUUGGCAAGAACUUCAACAUCAAACACAGGGUUCUGGAUGAGGUCCUGCAGAAGCUGGUCCAACUCAUACAGGAGGAAGAAUGUGCUCUGCAGACUCUGUCCCUGACCGACUCACGCCUGCGCUCGAGGGGCACUAUUCUGGUUAAUGCCCUGGGCAGCAACACCUGCCUGAGAAAAGUGGACCUGAGCGGAAACAACAUGGAUGACAUUGGUGCCAAGAUGCUGAGCAAAGCCCUGCAGAUCAACACUACCCUCAGGAGUGUGAGCUGGGAUCGCAACAACACCUCUGCAGCCGGGUUUCUCGAUGUGGCCCGAGCACUUGAACAUAAUUUCACGUUGCAAUACAUGCCUCUUCCUCUAAGUGACAUCAGCCAGGCGCACCGCAGCGCCCCUGAGAGGACAGAGCAGGCACUUGCUAAGAUCCAGCGAGCUCUGGUGAGGAACAACCAGACCCAGCGCUUCUCUCAGCGCCAGGCCCUGCGGCUUCACCAAGGCCUCGUCACGAGCACCGCAGAACAGGUGAUGGAGCGCCUCUGUGUGCGCGUACAGCAGCAGGUGUGUGUGUUACGAGGUGUUGGGGAGAUGGAGGAGAUUCAAGCUGCUAAACAAGUGCUAAAAGAGGCCAGGAAUUCCCGUGCUCUCUACCCUUCACUGUGUGAGCUGGCUCAUGUUCUGUCUGUGGACGGGCCGGUGAGGCAACGACUGGACUGUCUGGCUGGUGAACUUGCCAAAGCUGCAGAUAAGGAGCUUCAGGUGAUAGUCGACUCUAUGGUGUCUCUCUGUCGAGAGCUCUGUCCUUUAUCAUCUUCUGCGGCAGAGAGACUCAGUCCUCCGCUCUCAUCCGUCUCCGAGCGCGUGUCUAUCCCUCGCUCUGCCAUUCGGGCGGCCCUGAUGGAAAGAGCGGCGCAAGACAUUCACCGAGCCUUAGAAGAAGUGAAGCUGUCAGUGGUUUCCUAUCUUACCAACUCCAUUGUGGACCAAAUCCUGCAGGAGCUCUAUGCCACCCAUAAAACCCUGACCCGGCAGGUGUCUCAUGUUAAACGGUGGGAGGGGAUGUGUGAAGACGGGACAGGUUGGAGGUUUAACAGACACAGAGAUUCACUGGACAUCACAGAUGAGGAGCUCAGCACCAGCAUAGACACAAUAGCCAUUAAGAAGCGCAGCUCAAGAACAAGACGAAUACGACCUGUCUCCACAAGGCUGAGUCUGUGUGAUGACUCCAGCUCCUCUCCACCCCCCUCCGUGCCAUCGUACUCAUCCCCGCUAUCCCGCUCUGCAUCGUGGGAGGGCCUGUCAGAGCUGCCUACACAGGGCCUGCCUCUACAUCAUGUGACUCGGGUUAGGCCAAGACCUCCACGGAGGCACAAGGGAGGGCACAUCUCAAAUGAGAUGCACUGCAGUGAAAAUGGAGGAAUAAGCCCUCUUGAUGAUGGUCUCCCUGACUUCUACACUAAAAGAGUGCUCCCUGACAGUCAGCUCUCGUCUCUACACAAAGCUCAUUCUCUGAGGAGGAAGAAGAGAAGAAACAUGCUUGCAAUCUUUGGUUUCCGAAAAAACCGCAACCAAACUCUGUCCAGUCAGGGGCCUCCAGAGUCUGAAGCAGAGAUUUAUGGAGAUGGGUGUCACACUGUUGCUACAGCGCCCACAGGCACUGCCACAGAGAACGUGUACACGCUCCUCCAACCCCCGAGGUCUGCAGCCAGAGCUGGAUCUCCUGGUGAAGGACCCGAUGGGAAAACAAAUGAUCACCAGGGGAAAAAUACUCUGCUUCUGAGUCCACCCCCUGUGCCGGGCAUCCCUCACCCAGGCGUGGGAGGAAACAAGCACCCUUUUUAUUCUCCCAGAGAGAAAGUUGAAGGCGAUGUUGUGUUUGAUCAGCCGUUGGAGACAGACAAGUACUGGGUGGACGAUAAACAGAGAACAUCUGAGGUGAUGCAAGCAGACAAGCAGUGGCAGGGUGAUCCGCAAAGAGUCACCGACAAGUAUUGGACUGACAGACACUUGGACAGACAAUGGACCGUGGACAGACACACCCAGCGCCAGAUUGACAGAAAGAUAGAGAGACAGUGGAUGGGCGGGAGGCAAAUAGACAGGUCCUGGUCUGAGAGCAGGCAAAUGGACAUACCGUUGGACAAUCAGUGGACUGAGAGCAGACCGCAGAGCAGAAAGUCGGACAGACAGGUACAAGCGCUUCAUUUGACUCAAAGGCCACUGCCUCCAUACCCAUCAGACAGGACGCCUUCCCCAAAACAGGAAACGGAUCAUUUAAAAAGCACAGAGGCCUCGGCUGCAGAUUGGCAGCAGGACACGUUGGCAGACAGACACACGUGUCCUGACACUGAUGGAGGUUUUACAGAAGGAUGGAGAAGCAGCCCAGGAGGAGCAGGAGGAUCAGGAGGAGGAGGAGGAGGAGGUCGAGCUGCUCCUUCUGCCUCUAAACCUGAUCCCCCACCACAGAGCAGCAAACCCAACCUGUCUAAGCUGAGGCAGAGACAUCGUCUGGAAAGCUCAGACGCACUACCUGUUCUACCAGGAACAGAGGAGGAAGGAGACACUGAGAGGGUUCUUGGGAAGAUGGACAAGAAAGAAAGAGAAAAGGGAAGAGAUUUGGAGAUUCAUCCUCCUCCGAUUCCAGAAAAGCCAAAGACGUCGUCAUAUGUGACUUUUCCAAAAGAAUCAGCCAAUGAGAGGAACCUUCCUCCUCCUCCUGUGCCGCCUCCUAUUUUCAAGCCAGUGCAUGGAUUACCAGACAGAGCUGCAAGUCAAGGUGAAGAAGGGCUGAGACCUCAGGCGCCAGUGAAACCGCAAAGAAACAGAAAAGCCAUGUCUUGUGAUACAGGCACUGACAGGGAAAGCCCUAACAAUGUUGAGAAGCCCCCAAAUCGCAAACCCCCCAUGAAAAAACCUAGACUACCCCAAAACAGAAAUAAGUCACUGGACUUGUCUGACAGUAUCAACUCUGCACCUGGUCACAGUGACUUACUGUGAGCCCCCCCCCAGGGUAAUUCACCUGCUGCUGUCAUGACAACCGAGGAGCAUUUCAUCCAACAAGGAAACAAAGGAAGACGUCUCAGGAGGAUGGAAAAGGCAACACCGCAGAUAUCAUAACACGCCAUUUGCUUCUGUUGAAACACUCACUUUACUUCAUGUCAGAGUAACCUCCCUCUUUAGCUUCACUGUGAUAUCUUUGCUCUCCUCACAUGUGACCACUCACUAGACUUUUAUUACAUUUAUUUAUUUAUUUCGUGGCUAUACAGUAUUUUAUUAGUACUCGCUUCUUUAGAAAACCAAAAUGAUAAUUGUUCUUUGUGUCAGUGGACGGUGGACCGAGCACUCAGACGUUGUGGCUUUGCUUAGACAGAAGAGAGAGAGAAAAAAAAGAGAAGAAGAUCUUUAUUAGAAUGUGAUUUCUUACAUCUGUGAUGCAUUUUUGACGUCGGGUUCAGUUGGCACCUGAAAAUGAGUUGUUUCUUAUCAAAUGGAACUUGAUGAUUUAUAUCCAGUUUUGCUUUCAGGAACUGAAAGGUGAUAUAUUUUGUAGUAAAAAAAAUAAAUGAAUAUAAUGUAUGAGUAUCCUCACUGUAUGAAUAAAAUACUUAAUGGAAAAUAA